GCCGGGAGCCGGGAACCGGGAACGGGGACGGCCCCGGCCAUGGCCAUGGCGUGGCGAGCGGCCCCGCGGGUGGCGGCCCGGCUGGCGCUGGGGCGGCGGGGGAUCGCGUCCUGCAUCGACCCAUCUGUCGGACUGACUGAGGAUCAGAAGGAAUUCCAAAAAGUUGCCCUUGAUUUUGCUGCCAAGGAGAUGGCUCCUUACAUGGCUGAGUGGGAUGAAAAGGAAAUAUUCCCAGUGGAAACCAUGCGGAAGGCAGCCCAGCUGGGCUUUGGUGGGAUCUACGUGAAGCCAGAUGUCGGUGGCUCCGGAUUGUCCCGACUCGACACCUCCAUAAUCUUUGAGGCUUUAUCAACAGGAUGCACCAGCACCACUGCUUACAUGAGCAUCCACAACAUGUGUGUUUGGAUGAUCGACACCUUUGGCAGCGAGGAGCAGCGCCGCAGGUUCUGCCCAUCCCUCUGUAGCAUGGAAAAAUUUGCCUCUUACUGCCUGACUGAGCCAGGGAGUGGAAGUGAUGCAGCUUCCCUGCUGACCUCAGCUCAAAGGAAAGGGGACACCUAUGUCCUGAAUGGCUCCAAGGCCUUCAUCAGCGGGGGAGGGGACACUGAUGUGUACGUGGUCAUGUGUCGCACGGGGGGCCCAGGCCCCAAGGGCAUCUCCUGCCUGGUGGUGGAGAAGGGCACUCCAGGGCUCAGCUUUGGCAAGAAAGAGAGGAAGGUAGGCUGGAAUUCCCAGCCAACUCGGGCUGUGAUCUUCGAGGACUGUGCUGUUCCUGUUGGCAACCGUCUGGGAGCCGAGGGGCAGGGCUUCAGCAUCGCCAUGCAGGGGCUGAAUGGAGGCAGGAUAAACAUCGCCUCGUGUUCAUUAGGAGCUGCUCACGCCUCCGUCCUCCUGGCUCAGGAACACCUCACUGUCCGCAAACAGUUUGGGGAACCCCUGGCAAACAAUCAGUACCUGCAGUUUGGGCUGGCAGAGAUGGCCACGAGGCUGGUGGCGGCGCGGCUGAUGGUCCGGCACGCGGCGCGGGCCCUGCAGGACGGGCGGGAGGACGCGGCCGUGCUCUGCUCCAUGGCCAAGCUCUUCGCCACCGACGAGUGCUUCCUGAUCUGUAACCAGGCUCUGCAGAUGCACGGGGGCUACGGCUACUUGAAGGAUUAUGCAGUGCAGCAGUUUGUGCGAGACAUCAGAGUCCACCAGAUCCUGGAAGGUACCAACGAGGUCAUGAGGAUGAUUGUGGCCAGGAGUCUGCUGCAGGGAUGAAGCCAAGAGCCAUUCUCCAGCCUUAAAAUCCCUUUGCCUGUUACAGCUCAGCCUGUUUCCCUCCCCUGCUCACCAUCUCUCUCCCUGGGAGUGGAGAGGGGGAUCCCCCAGUGGAAACAGUCUUCCUGCCUUAUCCCGACGGGAGCACAGCUGGAUGGCACAGCUGCACUCUGUGCCUGGCAGAGCUGCUGGCACCAGCCUGGACACAUAAAUCACAGUUGUGAAUGCAAGGCUCUGUCUCCAAAUCUUGCUCCUGGCCUGUUUGCCACCCCUCCUCUUUGGAAAGAGCAACACCAGACCUGCUGCUCACCUCUGCCAAGCCAGGACUGGAAUGGGAUCUCAGGCAGAGGUGCAGCCUCACCCCAUGGGAUCAAUGAAAUCUUUAGUUUGAGGGAGUUAAUUGCUGUGCUUAAAAACCUGGGUGCUGACAGUGACCCACAGGAACUGCUCUAACCACCUGCAGAGUGCAGUGGCUUUUAUCCCAGGAGCAGGAUGCAGCAUUCCCUCUCUUCCCAGCACACCUUUCCUGAUGUCCCCCCCACUGCUUGUUCUCCAUAUUCCCACCAGAUCUUGCUGCUUAAUCUCCAAGAAGCCUUUGCAGCACAGAAGUGCAAAUGAAACACGAAGGCUCUGCACAGAAAUACUGAACUCUGUUGCCUCAUUGCUGUGAGUGGUGUAAGGGAAGUAAAAAUAUAUGUAAAUUAAACUAUUUUUCCCCCUCGGGUUUGGAAUCAAUAAAGCAAUGAUGGAAAUGUUA